GUACCUUCCGGAGACAGAAUGGCUAUCGCGCUGGUCGAAGGUUCCAAUCGAAUCCUGCGGGAGGCAAUCAAUCGUUCUGUGCUGGGCACGCGCGUCGCUGCUCCGCCGGGUUGCUGGAGCUGCAUUCAAGGAGCGCAGCGUUAUUUGUUAACAGACAAUGUUGUGCAGUUACAAGGAUUUCAGCAGAAGAAGUUGGAAACUGGAUAUAAAAUAAGUGGCCAAAAAGAUGCAUAUUUCAGAACUAUGGAAGAAAAGUUAACAAAAAAUAGACUAAUUCUCAAAGACGAAUUGAAAACAUUACUACAUUUGUGCCAGACAAAAGAUGAAGUGGAAAUGGCCAAAAGAGUUAUAUACAGGUACCACGAAGAGAACAAAAAUGUGGCCUUUGGGGAGUUCAGGUUUGGUCCCCUUUUUAUGAGACUCUGUUACGAACUGGACCUUGAAACGUCUGCCUUCGAGCUUAUCAAAGACCAGGCUCUGCAUGGCUUCUUUGCAGACAGCACAUCGUUCAAUAUUUUGAUGGAUCUGCUGUUUACGAAAGGUCAUUAUGAACGUGCUCUGGAAGUGUUACUAGAAAUGAAGAACCAAGGUGUAAAAUUUAACAGCGAGACAUAUUUACUUGCAUCUGCAAUAUGCUACAAACUGAACACCUCAGAGUCUUGCAAAAUUUGUACAACAUUAUUUGAAGAUAUGCAGCUCAAAGGGGAUCAAAUACCAAGAAGAGCACAAUACUUUGCAGUAGCAUUUGCUCUGAAUCAGAAUGAUGUUGUAAAAGCCCAUUCCUGUUAUUCUCAGAUCAUGAACACAGAAAAUAGGAUAUGCAGUAAUCUGAAAAUUCUUCUUCAGGCUGCAUCUGGAGACCUAGAAGACCUUGUUAAGACACUGGAAAUGGCUUCAGAAAGCAGUACUUCACAUCUUGUGAAGAAAACAGAGUACUGUAUGUCGGUGCUGGCCACCAUCAGGGAGAAACUGCAGGACAAUCCAGCUCUUUGCGUCCAGUUUGAAGAAACGUUCGCCAACCUGCAUGCCUUGGGGCAGGUCACGUCUUUGACUCUGGACGACUUGCUGUGCCAUACCCCGCGCACAAAGAGGCACCCCCUGAAGCCGCUCAAGCAAAACCAAGCCAGCCGUCGGACUUUCAAGCCUCUGGGCUCUGUUCUGCUGGCUGAGUAAGGCUGCGUUUGGACUGUUCGAAUUGGUACCCAAUAAAA